AUGGCCACACCAUUCAAAGACGCCAGCAAGAUUAGUAUUGGGAGGAAUACCAUACCAGUUCCUCCCACGUUUUCUGACCCGCUCGAACAUCGGGCGUUCCUGAAAUUCCGUUUGGCUCAAGCAUUUCGUAUCUUUGCAAAGUACGGUUAUGAUGAAGGCGUCGCUGGACAUAUCACUGUCCGGGACCCGAUCAGACAAGAUUGUUACUGGGUCAACCCCAAGGGCGUUCACUUCAAGAUCAUACAGCCUGAGGGCCUCCUUCUCGUGGACCGCGGAGGGAAGAUACAAGAAAAUGAAUCUGGACCUUCCCGGCGGCUCAGCCGGGCCGCGUACAUGAUCCAUUCAUCGAUUCAUCAAGCUCGCCCAGAUGUUGUUUGCGUUGCGCAUUCGCAUACUACGUAUGCUAAGGCGUUCGGCCUUCUGGGAGUGCCCCUUGAUCCCCUUACUCAGGACAGCUGUGCGUUUUACGAGGAUCAUGCUCUGUAUAGUGAAUUUCGUGGUAUCGUCGUUGACCGUGAGGAAGGUCUGGCUAUAGCGAAUGUUCUUGGUUCGAAAAAGGCUCUUAUCCUCCAGAACCACGGGAUCCUCGUUGCCACCAAGUCGAUUGAAUCUGCUGUUUUCUUUUUCAUCUCUUUGGAAAAGUGCUGCAAGGUCCAAAUGGUAGUGGACCAGGCCGCCGCCGCUCGUGGACUGAAACCGCGUCUUAUUGACCCAGUAAGUGCGGCUAGCACACGGGAAUCCCUUGGAUCUGAGAUGGGGGGCUGGUUUGAUGGGAUUCCAGAGUUUCAGCUCUUGGAGCACGAAGAAGAAAAGAGAUUCGAGUAUGUUCCCGCACCACAGGAGAUCGUUUAG